UCGCAUGUUACGAGAGAGUACAAUUUUCAAAUAUGGCAGAAUGUGAUGUUAGAAGUGACGAAGACUUGAGUGCAAACUUAACUAAUAGCUCUAAAUUGCCAAAAAAUGUUUUUAAUAACGAAGAAGUCCAGACAGAAGGUUUCCAUAGACAAGAAUCAGAUUUAGGAAUACCCCAACCUCGAACAUUUUCAGAUUCGAUUGCAUCACUGUUGGAAAUCCCAAACCGGCUAAGUAACUGCCUUAAUGAUGGUAUGUCAUCAGACUACACAGAGCUUCAAACACCGAUAGAAGAAAGUGAUCCUGGAGAUCUGGUGAAGGCAUGGGAUAUGAACUACCAUGAGGCCGCUAUAUAUCUUGAGGAAGGAGAAAACAAUGAUAAAUUUGAUUACCACCCUCGAAGUAAAGAUGCUCUACCUGCAUAUUUGUUAGUACACAACAUCUGGUUUUAUAGCUUGGAUCUAAUAGCUGCUGUGAUGCUGAUGGGACUUGCUUUAGUGGAGAAACCAGCUGUUCCAGGCUUUCAUCUAGACCCUGGGAUCCACGCCUCCCUGGAAUUGCUGGGCCUGUUUGUUGUUGGCAUUGAACUCGUAAUGAAACUUCGUUGGAUGGGAAUUAAUCCAUUUUUUAAGCAUAAACGUUCUCUCAUAAAACUUGUUGCUCUAGUACUGAUGGUCAUAGAAAGUGUGGUAGUUAUUGCUCGACAGACAAAUCACUUUCGUAUUAGUCGUGCACUUCGCCCUGUGUAUUUAAUUGACAAUUAUCACUGUGGAGGGAUUCGAAGAGUAACCAGACAGAUUCUACAGUCUCUUCCCCCUAUUUUAGAAAUGUUAGGACUGCUUCUAUUCUUUAUGUUGAUCUUCUCAGUUUUAGGAUUUUAUUUAUUUACUUCAAAUCCAAAGGAUCCAUAUUUUUCAACAUUACAAGGAAGUUUUGUCAGCCUUUUUGUUUUACUCACUACAGCCAAUUAUCCUGAUGUCAUGAUGCCUGCUUAUGCCGCUUCCCGUUGGUCAGCUAUAUUUUUCAUUGUAUUUCUCAUCAUUCAUCUGUACUUCAUAAUGAACAUGAUGCUAGCUGUCGUGUAUGAAACUUUCACUCGAAUUGAAAAAGACAAGUUCAGAAAACUGUUAUUGCACAGAAGAAAAGCUUGUCAACAUGCUUUCCGGUUGCUGGUUAAUCGAGCUCAUCCUACACAAAUUUCUUUCCGACACUUUCAAGGUCUUAUGCACCAUUUCAAGCCCAAAGUCUGUAAGAGAGAUGUCUACUUAAUGUUUAAAACACUGGAUACAAGCAGAACUAGAUAUCUGACACUCGAUGAAUUUUAUCACAUUUAUGAAGUUGGAGCUCUCAGUUGGAAGGCUCAAAAAGCAGAAGAUUUAUGGUUUAGUGAAUUUCACAGUCCAUUUUUGGAGAUUUGUUCCUCAAUCCAAAAGCUUGUUAUUUCCAGAUGGUUCAACUACUUCAUAGUUUUAGUGAUUAUAGCCAAUGGCAUCUGGCAAGUUGUAGAAGCAUCAGAAAUAUCAGGUGUGGGUGAAGGAAAACUUGAUACAUAUGUAGUGACUCAUCACAUCAAGAGUUAUGGAAUAGCUGGAACUUGGGUUUCAGUUGGAUUUAUUGUUGCUUACUCAGUAGAAGCUCUAUUGAAGAUUGUUGGUCUGGGUCUGUUUGGAUACUUCCAAUCAGGCUGGAACAUAUAUGAUUUUACUGUCACAGUUUUGGGUCUUGCUGGAGUAAUUGCAGAACACUUUAAUGUUCCUUUCUCUUUUGUUAUAAUUUUACGUCCACUUCGUUUAUUAAGGUUAUUUAAAAUGAAUCGUCGAUAUCGUGAUGUACUUGGUACUGUUUUUAUUGUGCUACCUCGGUUUGGUAGUGUCGCCUUAGUCUUGCUGAUUGUGUACUACUUCUUUGCCAUCAUUGGAAUGGAGCUGUUUUCUGACUUUAAUAUGAUAAACUGUUGCAAGAACACUACAGUGGAACAGUUUUAUCAUUUUGAUAACAGCUCAUUGGCUGAAGGUUACUAUUAUUUAAACAACUUUGAAAAUAUCAUCAACAGCUGUAUUACCCUCUUUGAGUUGAUGGUGGUCAACAAUUGGUUUAUCAUCAUGGAUGGUUAUGCUGCUGUAGCAACAGAGUGGAGUCGGAUUUUUUUCAUGCUUUUCUAUGUGGUUACAAUGGUGGUUAUAAAUAUCAUCAUAGCUUUCAUUCUUGAGGCCUUCUUGUUUAGAAUUCAGUAUAAACGAAAGAUGGGGGAUAUGGACAAGGACAGCUUGGUUCGAGUAGAUGUGGCAUUGACUCGUCAAGAACUAGACUUCUGUUACACUCAUUCUAAUCUUUCAAUCUCACAACUUCUUCACUAUACACACAACCUUACAGAACAAUAUAUACUCUACAGAGGAACUCGUACUCGCACCAAGUUCUCAUUUAGCCUCAAAAUGUAUGCUGAAGAAGUGAAGUGUUGGCUCCAACAAGCUGAAGAAAAAGAAAGACAGCAGAGAGAAGAGUUACUUGCUAAGGUACAGGAACUGUCUAUUUCACAACAACCCACAAUUCAACAAGAACGAACACGGCGAACUUUUAGUGUGUAGACAUUAAUCCUAUUAAUGAGAAGACAAAAAUUAAAACCAGUCUUCCUGUAUAAUUAUCCUCAGAUACUCAACACAGUUAUUAUCAAAAGUGGUGCGUUUACCAAUCAACAUAGCACUUGCACUAAAGUAUUUUUUAUUAGUCACAACAAAGUGGGAGUUUAGAAGUCUUUACAUACAUAUAUUCAGAUCAUUGGACAUUUUUUAAAAGAUCUUGUUUGAAAUUAACUUUGUUACAGGGUUGGCCUUUUUGGAAAUUUUACUUGAUAAUUGCAAGACGUCUAUUAUUGAAAGUCUCAUGUGAAAAGUUUUGGAAAAGUUCUUCUAAAAAAUUAUCUAAAGUCACAAGAAUGUCAGGAAUUUAAUCUGCAGGUUAUAGAUAAUUUUAAUUCCUUGCUUACCAACUUUAAUCUGCAGGUUUCAUAUAAUUUUAAGUCCUUCCUUACAAAUCUUAACUCUUUCAGCCCUGGCUUGUUAUAGUUUUCAUGCU